AUGAAUUUUAAUAUCUGGAAUAUCAAAGAGAUGCUCAGUAUUCCCUCAGGCUCUGGGGCCACUAAGUCAUCUAACUGGAAUAAUAAUCAGACUGAUUACUCUAGUCUCAGUGAUUCCCAGUUCCUUUUUGGAUCCCAGUUCUGUCCAGAAAGUUCAGAGACCCCGUCAACACCCUUGGACUUUGGUGUCCACCUGAGACAUCCAAAACAGUCACAACAGAAUUCUCUGGAUAGUGAACCUAGUAUUUUCACAAAGUACCAAACAAAACCCCAGCUGUUUGGAAGAGAUACAAAAGAUGGAAGCUUAUUUCCUCUUCCUUUGUCAGUUGGAAAAUCAAAAGGCCUCUUGGAACAGUUUGAGGAGAAAAAGAAAAGUGCAAAAGACAAAUGUGACAGUGAGACUCUAUACAAUUUCAUUUCCCAUAUCAAAGAAAGCAUUAACAGGUUACAGACAUCUGUGGAAAAAUCUGAGGAACAUCUCAGUUCCAGAAGCCAAUCUAUUUGGGAUUCUUUGGAAACUGUGGCCAAGACAUUGCAAGAGACCACGAAGGCCCAGAGUGAUCUGGUGUUGGAAACAGUGCGGGACAAAUGCAACAUGGAACAGGCCAUCCUUGAGUUGCAAAAGAGAUUUGAAGGUAGACAAGCAGAGUUUAUAGAAAUGAAGUCCAACCUGAAGCACCUUGAAGUUUUAGUUGCUCAGCAGAGUAAGGACUUGCAGCAGCUGUGUGAGCAGCUAGGCCAGCUGAAUAUGCCCAGUGUCCUAGCAGAGCUAAAUCAAUUGAUCUCUGUCCCUCGGAUACCCAGACAUGUGAAGGACAGUGCUUCUCAGACUUCACCACCUCUGGCCCAGAGCCUCAGUUUCACCAUGCAGGAGAAAUAUGCCUCUGAGGAACCAGUUAUGUGGCAGGCCCAGGCCCUCCCUACUGCAUGCAAUCUUAGUGUGGGCUCCUUGAGGCCUGGGGAGUCUGGCGUCUGGGGUGAGGGAGCAAAGAGUAGUGCUCUCCAAGAAGAGGCUGUGCCGCUGGCAGUUGGAACUGGCAAAAGAAACAGGCAAAUCAAGGACAAGGCAGUGCAGACUAACUGCCAGAAUUGUGCUAUUACUAAAACAGGCUCUGAGAACCAUGGCUCUGGCGUCCUGGGCCACAAGAUUCCUGAAGACAGGGACCUGGUUUCCCAAGGAGCUUCGCGGCUUAUAUCCCUGGAUUUAAACAACUUUGCAACCAGCAUUAAGAACAACUGCCAAAAAUGUCAAGCCAAAGGCAUGUUUUCGUGUAACCCUUGUGAACAAAGGUUGGUGACUAAACAGAAAGGCAGAACUGUAGAAAGAGGGGGGAAAGACAAGAAGCAGCAUCCCAGGAAAGCCCCCAGAAGGAGGCUUCUAGCCAGGAAGCAAGAACAAACCCCAAGCAAAACCUGUGCUUCCAAUUCUAAAUAUCCUCACCCUCCAGUUUCCAUCCCACAAAGGCCCCUGCUGGGGCGGCAGGAACCCCUUGCUCAGCCCCUGCAUCUUCAGGGUCCCAGGAGCCCCACAAAACCAGUCUGCUCUGCUCUGAGAGGAACAGUCAUGCCUAGUAAGACAGCAAGGGCAGUGCAAGGGAAUCUCUUGCAGUACAGUGGGCAUGCUUCCCAAGACAACAGCCUGCUUUCUCACAGUUCCCAGGGGGACCAACAGAUGAGCUGGUUCAGUGACCUCAACGUCGGAAAAGAGCCCCCUCAGUGCAAGGAGCCAGGGAAGAAUAUGCUCUAUGACCUGGGUUUUGAUAGCAGUGAUGAUGGCUUCUGACCAGCCCAUAGUGACUUCAGCUGAUGGCUUAUU